UGAGGCGGGCCUAGAGGGGAGGGAGGCCGGUGGGUGGGGUGGCCGGCCGGCCUCGGCUCCGCCGCACGGGGAGCAACACCACAAGAAGAAGAGGAAGAAGAAGAAGAAGAAGCAGCCGCCAUGGAGAUGGAGAAGGAGUUCCACCAAAUCGACAAGGCGGGCAGCUGGGCGGCCAUUUACCAGGAGAUCCGACAUGAAGCCAGUGACUUCCCAUGUAAGGUGGCUAAACUUCCUAAAAACAAAUCUCGAAACAGGUACAGAGAUGUCAGUCCUUUUGACCACAGUCGAAUUAAGCUGCAUCAAGAAGAUAACGACUAUAUCAAUGCUAGCCUAAUCAAAAUGGAGGAAGCCCAGCGGAGUUAUAUCCUCACCCAGGGUCCUUUGCCCAACACCUGUGGUCACUUUUGGGAGAUGGUUUGGGAACAGAAAAGCCGAGGCGUUGUCAUGCUCAACAGAGUAAUGGAAAAGGGAUCGUUGAAGUGCGCACAGUACUGGCCACCAAAAGAGGAGAAGGAAAUGAUCUUUGAUGAUACCAAUUUGAAAUUAACAUUGAUUUCUGAAGACAUCAAAUCAUAUUACACAGUACGACAGUUAGAAUUGGAAAACCUCACGUCACAAGAAACUAGAGAAAUCCUGCACUUUCACUAUACCACAUGGCCUGACUUUGGAGUCCCAGAGUCUCCAGCCUCAUUCCUAAACUUUCUGUUUAAAGUCCGUGAAUCUGGGUCACUCAGCUCUGACCACGGACCUAUCGUGGUGCACUGCAGUGCUGGAAUUGGGAGAUCGGGGACGUUUUGUCUGGCUGACACAUGUCUCCUGUUGAUGGAUCGAAGGAAAGAUCCCUCUUCUGUGGAUAUUAAGCAGGUGCUCUUAGAAAUGAGGAAAUACAGAAUGGGGCUGAUACAGACAGCAGAUCAGCUUCGUUUCUCUUAUCUGGCCGUCAUCGAGGGAGCAAAAUUUAUCAUGGGAGACUCUUCAGUUCAGGAGCAGUGGAAAGAGCUCUCCAACGAGGACUUAGAACCACCCCCCGAGCACACCCCACCACCACCCAGGCCACCGAAGCGAACCUCAGAAUUGCAUAACGGGAAGGUACACGACCAAACAGACUUCUUCCCUCACCACCAGAGGGAAGAAGACCUGAUCGAAUGUGUGGAGAGCCCCGUUGUGCCGACCGGGUCAGAGGGACGAGCCUCCCUCGCUACGCCACUGAACGGAGAAAGCACUUGUCAAGACACUGGAGUCAGAAGGAGAACUGUUGGGGAACAUCAGCGUAUGACAACCCACAAAGAAGAGCCAUCCCCGGAAGAGGACGAGGAGAGCAUGAUGUCUAAUUGGAAGCCAUUUCUAGUCAACAUCUGCAUAUUCACCGUCCUCACAGCUGGCGCUUACCUCUGCUACAGGGUAUGUUUUCACUGAUGGACGUGCCAGCGAGAUGAGAAUGUGUGGAAAAAGACCAUCACCUUGACCAGUUUGUGAUUCAGUACUCCGAAAGUUUCUGAGCCAUGUCUCAGUGGAAGCAGAUGUAAGGUUGAAAGGCUGGAACUUUGGUAGGGCUAAAAGAGAAUUGAUGCACCAGGGUCUCAAUAAGCCCUGUGGUCCCAAGAACAUAUUCUAAUCUCAGGGCCUUAAAAUAUUCAGGACUAAGCAGAGAAAAUGCCAAAUAAAUCUUUUUUUUCUUUUUUUCGUUUUUUUUUUGGUUUGUUUUCAUGGGACUGUUUUUGUUUAUAUCGAAAAGAAUAAUAGAAUUACAACACAUUGUUGUUUUUAACCUUUUUAAAAACCUGUCAUUUGUGUUCUUUUUCCGAUAAAAAGACCUAGGCACAAGUGAAACUUGCUUGUACUCUCCAAGUGCGUUGUCACCAAAUACACAUUUUUUUCCACUGGGUUUCCCAGCGAAGUCCCAACAUUUAAGUACGUAAAGCCUUUUGGAAAGGAGGGGUGGGAGCAAGGUCAGCCUCGAGUUCACCUCAUCUAGCAUUUAGGCUGAGUCCUGAGCAGUGCCUGAGAUAUUCAUACACUGAAUCUCAGCAUCACGAGGUCAUUAGCAUCCCUUUUGUACAUGACCUUUGUUUAAAAAAGAAAAUACACAGGCUACUUGAUUUGCUCAGGGUUCCCUAAACAUUUAUUUUUAAUUUUAUUUUUAUGGGGGAGCUUUUUUGUUGUUUAUUCUAGUGAUCUUUUUGUUGCACUUGACUUGCACAUAUUCUUGCAACCAUUGUACCAGCCCCUGAGAUUUUUGUUUACUGUUGUACCCCUCAGCCCAAACUUGCCCACCAGCAUUUUAAAGCUGUUGUAGUUCAUUUUUAGACAGACCGGUUUCAACUUCAUUUGGAAUGUAAAGUGCAGUUUCACUAGAAAUGCUUGGUAAGCAAAAUUUGCUGCUGUUGAAAUUGAGGAGCAUGUGAGCAGCUCUUCCGAGAAGCAAACCCAGGAGGGCAGCAAUUCGGGGGGGGAUCCUUGGGGGAGCAGUUUUUGAAAUGUAAACAUUUUGUGCCCUGCCCACCCCUGAGAAGGUUUUCGAGAGGCCACCAACUUCUUGUUCAGUUUGGAAUGAAUCGAUUGGCUUAUCCAAGUGCAAGCAUCUUUUCGUUAGUUUAGAGUUCUGAUUUUGUUUUGGGUUUUUUUGUUGGGUUUGGGUUUUUUGUUUGGUUUUUUUUUUGGUUUGGUUUUUCACGUUUUUUUGUUUAUUUGUUUUUGGCUUUUCUUUAGAAAACCAAGAUUUCUAUGAUGGCUUUAUUUUGGCCUGGGGUUUUAAAAUCCAGUUGGGUCAUCAAAAUGGAUUCAUGCCCCAAGUCUCUGCAGAUCUGGGUCCAGGGCCUAGUUCCUGUGAAAGUACUUAUUUCUCAUUCCAGUUCCUACACUCCUCCUCCUCGUCCUCUUCCUCCUCCUCUACCACAAACACCACCAAACUUGGCCCACUUCUGCCCCCACUGUUCGCGCCACCCCUUCCCCCCAAUAGCCCUCGGCUUCGAUCCCCAUCCACCCACAAGAGCCGGGUUGCCUUGGCGAGAGCUGAGAGCAGGCGAGCGGAGUGGCAAAAUCCAAGUUUGCCCUGCCCCCGAGGCCUCCCCCCCCCAAUGCUCUUCACCAUUGCAUCCCUCAGAUCUUAAUCCAAGCCCCUCCUUUAAGGAACGAGGGAUAGUUUUAUGCUGGUUGUGCAAAGACAAGUGGCAAAAUGCCGUUCUUGGGGGUCGCGGUGGCUGGUGCCGGGCCACUGAACUCAACGGGCAGUGGAGCCGCUCAUCGGUGCUAUUUCACGCAUCCUCGACGUGGAGCACUUAAACACCAUUCUCAGUCGACUUUUAUGGAGUUUGUUGUGUAAUUAGUCUUUCGCUCCAUAUUUAUUUUUUCCAAAGGUAUUCCUUUUUGUAAACCAAUAAGGUGUUCGUUUUUUUCUCUUUACGUGUCAGCCUUGCAUCAAGGGCUUAUCAAAAGUACAAUAAUAAAUCCUCAGGUAGUGCUGGAAACUGAAGACUUAUCUGUGAGAUGGUUGGCUCAGACCAGUGCUUGAAAGGAGGAAGAUUGUAAGCAGUCAUUAUUUAGUAAUAUUGUGGGUAACGAGAAAAAAGAUAUUGGAAUAUGUUUAUAGAACAAUGGUAUCGUAAUAUAUAAUGAGCAUUUGUAUAUUUAAGAUACAAUAUGUUGUUAUUUUUCCCCCGUUUUUUCUCCUUUUCUCCCCCUUCUGCCACUCCAUCUCUCUUCCCCCCCCCCCCCCACCCGCCAGAUCUGGUAGAAUGUUGUUCUAAAGCAUCACUCCCCCCAUUUGUAUUAAUUGCAUGUAAGAUUGUCUUGUCCCAAUUAAAUUCCGUGUGCUUGAAAGGUGAAAGAACUUUGUAUUUCCUCUUUAAUAACGUGCCCACAUGUAAAAGUCAAAUGAUAUUUGCAUGAUCCGAUCAUUAAGUAGCUGUGGUUCAAAAGGCUGUUGCUGAAAGUGUCUUCAAUCAGCGAUAGACCGAUAGAGGUGUUUACCAGAUAACACAUCCCUGCCCGGUAUUUGGCAUGACUUUCUAUUGGAUUUCUUCUCUGUAUAACCCAGUUGUUUAUCCUCUACACUUCAGCUGAGUGACAACUGUAGUGCAAACAUUCCAAGAGUAUGGUAAGCUGUAUUCACCCCUCUCCCUCUGGUGAGUUCGGGGAGCUCCCUCCUCCCCCCCGCCGGACACCCCAGGGUGAACCCUGGAGGGGCCCCCACAGUUCCAACUCCAGAAACUGCCCCAAGCGAGCCAUGCUUCCGAAAUGUCAGGUGGGUGAAGGGACAAAGCAAUUUUCCUGCUCGCUCUCUCUUGCCAUAGAAUUCUGGUUGGAAACCAACCUAUUUUUGAAAUCCCAGGCUGCCUUUCAAACAGGGUGCAGGAUCCUCUCCGUUGGGAAGUGUAACUUCCGGACGCGGGAAAGGGGGAUUUACUGUUUCCUGGAAGAGCCCACGGUCAUUUGAAUGUACUUGCAGCUUUUCCUGUAAAGGGAAUCUGCAACCUACAUAUCAAGGCUCAGUUUAUAAAAGAACCAAUCAGAGGCAGCUCUGGAUUAAAUCCUGCGUUUUUGCCAGCAAAUUCACCCUUUGCCUUUCACCUGUCGGAAGCCGAAAAGGAUUUUUUACCCUAGUGGGAGCGAGGAGUGGAGUGGCCCCUCCGAAGCCACAGGGAGAUGUGGAUAAGGCUUAUGAUGCCAAAUUGUAAGCAUUUUCUGUUUGUUUUUUGAAGUCCUGUAUAUGUAUGUAGUAGAUUGGGUGUGUAUAUACAGUAGAGUUUCAAAGUGGGUGUAUUGGUUAACUUCCUAUCCUUGGAAAAUGGAUGAAUUAUCCAUCUUGUUAAACGUAUGUUAGAAAGUUAGUGAGCUGCUAUGCUAUAUGCCUUAAGCAAAUAUAUACGCAUCAGGUCUUUCUUUUUUUACAAAUGGCCAUAGAAUAAACCCUUUUUUAAAAAAAAAAAAAAAAUAAAGAGAAAAAGAACUCAAUGUUUUAGUAUACUACCUUUUCAGGUAUCUUUUUGCGUGCGUGUGUGUGGGUGUGCGUUCACGUGUGUGCGCGCACGAGCUCUUCAUCGACCUCCCAGGUUUAGGUAAGACUGUACAGUUUUCCAAACUCCCAAACUGAUCAGUUCUCAUAAUAAAUUUUUUUUAAAAGAA